UUCUUAAACGCUACUCGACUCGAAACUCGACUCGAAACUCGACUUGAGGGUGGUUUUGCUAUUCAUAAACAGAUCUCCACUCGAAACUCCACUCGACUCCAAAAUCUCCACUCGAAACUCCAAAAUUUACUCGAGAUCUCGAGUCUGCGCCGGAGCUACCUUGAACGGCCACUCGAGCCACUCGAGUGCGUUCAGUGUCAUGGCGGCCGACGCAUCGUUCGCCGACUUCGUCGACUUCGUGUUGAGAACGGACGAAGUCCUUCACGACAGCCGAGACCCCGACCAGGACGUCGAUGUGCCGAGACGGCGUUGCCGGGACCGGCUCAACCCGUUGGAGCAUUUCAACGACUGGGAGUUUCUGGUGCGAUAUCGUUUUACGAAAUCGACAGUAGUAAGCCUUCUCCAGUGCCUGCCGCUGGAAGCAAACGAGAGCAAUCGCGGCCUGCCACUGUCCCCGAUGCUCCAGCUCCUCGUAGCGCUGAGAUUUUAUGGCGCCGGGACUUUUCAAGUAGUUACGGGCGACCUCGUUAACGUGUCGCAGCCGACGGUGUGCCGCGUAAUCGAGCGUGUCUCCCGGGUCCUCGCCGAGACUCUCUUCCCCCGCCUCGUGGAUUUCCCGGAGGGCGACUGCGACGAGGUCAUGCGGGAUUUCUACAACAUCGGGAAGUUCCCCAGUGUGACUGGGUGCAUCGACUGCACCCACGUCAAAAUAAAGGGACCUGGCGGUCCCAAUGGGGAAGUCUUCAGGAACAGGAAGGGGUUCUUCUCCCUCAACGUGCAGGCCAUCACAGGACCCCAGCUGCAGUUUUUUGACCUUGUUGCUAGAUGGCCAGGCUCCGUGCAUGACAGCAGGAUAUUCGAUAACAGUCGUGCAAGGGUCCUGUACGAGAAUCGGCGCAUCCCUGGCCUGCUGCUCGGAGAUGCAGGCUAUGCCUGCAUGUCAUUUCUUCUGACGCCCCUGACCAGCCCGGGUGUAGCCAACAGCCCAAAGGGCAGGUAUGUACUAAUUUGUUGGAAGAAAUAAUG